GGUUAUUAGAGAGAAGCUCUUCCUCUCUUGGUUUCCCCCUCUCUCCGCCUGACAGCACCGCUCUCUCGCAGGCUCGCUCCUUCUCCUAGGUGAUCCAUUUCUAGGCAACGUGGGGCUGGUGCCGAAGCUGCCAGGCUCGCUCCUUGCUUCCUGCAUCCCGCCAGGCGAACCGCUCCAAAAGCAUCCUGCAGCCCGCGGCGGCUUCCCUCCUCUGGCCCGGCCCCGCUGCUCGCGCCCGGCGCAACUCCCCCGCCACCGCGCCCCAGCAAACCGGCUCCCCGGGCCCGCCUCGCCAAGCUGCGUUCCGCGCCUCACGCAGAAAGGGAAUUUUCUCUGCAUUACUAUCUGCAUUACCUUGAAGUUCACUUUUUCUACACCUCUUGGAGAGGGCUUUUUUCCCCCCUCCCUGGUGGAAUCUGGCUGCUCCGCUUGGAAUCUCCUAAUCUUUCCUGUCCACUUAGAUUCUGGCAGCGAAGACCAGUGAUUCUCGGCGGGCUGUAGGGGCGGGGGCGGGGGUCUUUUUUGGUCCGGGAGGGUGCGGAGAAGGGGGCACAUCCGGCGUGAGGGGGGUGUUGGAAGUUGCAGCGGAGCUGGGACCGGAGACCCGAGGCCCCCGCGCAGCGAUGGGUCUGAUCUGAGCCCCAGCCUCUCCCCCUGCCCAAGAGCAGUCGAGGCUGGAUAUAUUUUUCAAAAGCCAAACUGCAAACAACUCUGGCGAUGCCAAAAUUCCCCUCCAAGUGACACGGCUUUGCGAAGGAGGUUUCCUCAGGCUGGGCUCUUUCUGUCAUUCCCUUCUGCCUUUCUCGGCGACGAUAAAAGGCUUUGCUCUGGCAAUAGGAAUUUAGAAAAAAAGAAAAAGCUGCGCUAAACUCCACCGUGACCUCAAACUCUUUGGACUGUUUGAAAAAAAAAAAAAAAUUGGAAGAAAAUCCAUCCUCCAAGAGAAUCGGCAUAGGAGGAGAUGGAAGUUUUCCCCUUGCUCUUGGUUUUGUCCGUCUGGUGGUCUCGAACCUGGGACUCUGCGAAUGCGGAUUCGAUCAUUCACAUCGGAGCAAUUUUUGAUGAAUCUGCCAAAAAGGAUGAUGAGGUGUUUCGCACAGCAGUUGGUGACCUUAACCAGAAUGAGGAGAUCUUACAGACUGAGAAAAUCACAUUUUCAGUGACGUUUGUUGAUGGCAACAACCCUUUCCAAGCAGUUCAAGAAGCCUGUGAACUUAUGAAUCAAGGCAUCUUGGCCCUGGUCAGCUCCAUUGGCUGCACGUCAGCAGGCUCCCUCCAGUCUUUGGCAGACGCCAUGCAUAUCCCACACCUCUUCAUUCAGCGCUCAACAGCUGGGACCCCAAGGAGUGGCUGUGGACUCACCCGGAGCAACAGGAAUGAUGACUACACUCUCUCAGUUCGCCCACCUGUCUACUUGCAUGACGUUAUCCUAAGAGUGGUCACAGAGUAUGCCUGGCAGAAAUUCAUUAUAUUCUAUGAUAGUGAAUAUGAUAUCCGUGGAAUACAGGAGUUCUUGGACAAAGUGUCUCAGCAGGGAAUGGAUGUUGCACUUCAGAAGGUAGAAAACAACAUCAAUAAAAUGAUCACCACUCUCUUUGACACCAUGAGAAUAGAAGAACUGAAUCGCUAUCGAGACACUCUUAGGCGAGCGAUCCUUGUUAUGAAUCCUGCUACAGCCAAAUCCUUCAUUACUGAGGUUGUAGAGACGAAUUUGGUUGCUUUUGACUGUCACUGGAUCAUUAUAAAUGAGGAAAUAAACGAUGUGGACGUACAGGAACUUGUAAGAAGGUCAAUUGGAAGGUUAACGAUUAUUCGGCAGACAUUUCCAGUUCCCCAGAAUAUAAGUCAGCGGUGUUUCCGUGGCAACCAUCGAAUAUCUUCAACAUUGUGUGAUCCAAAGGAUCCAUUUGCUCAGAAUAUGGAGAUUUCCAACCUUUACAUAUAUGACACGGUGCUUCUGCUUGCUAAUGCUUUUCAUAAGAAGCUGGAGGACCGAAAGUGGCACAGCAUGGCAAGUCUGUCAUGUAUCAGAAAGAACUCAAAGCCCUGGCAGGGUGGGCGCUCCAUGUUGGAGACCAUCAAGAAGGGUGGAGUUAAUGGGUUGACUGGAGAGCUAGAAUUUGGAGAAAAUGGAGGCAAUCCCAAUGUCCACUUUGAAAUCCUUGGAACCAACUAUGGAGAAGAGCUUGGCAGAGGUGUUCGCAAACUUGGGUGCUGGAAUCCUGUCACAGGUCUGAAUGGGUCACUGACUGACAAGAAAUUGGAGAAUAACAUGCGUGGAGUGGUUCUACGUGUGGUAACUGUUCUGGAAGAACCUUUUGUGAUGGUCUCUGAAAAUGUCUUGGGUAAGCCGAAGAAAUACCAGGGCUUCUCCAUUGAUGUUUUGGAUGCCUUAUCUAACUACCUGGGUUUUAACUAUGAAAUUUAUGUAGCACCGGAUCACAAAUACGGAAGCCCACAAGAAGAUGGGACAUGGAAUGGCUUGGUAGGAGAACUUGUCUUUAAGAGAGCCGACAUAGGGAUUUCUGCUUUAACCAUCACUCCAGAUCGUGAAAAUGUGGUGGACUUUACAACACGUUACAUGGACUACUCAGUGGGGGUACUACUUCGAAGGGCUGAAAAGACAGUGGAUAUGUUUGCCUGUCUUGCACCAUUUGAUCUCUCUCUAUGGGCUUGCAUUGCUGGCACAGUCCUUCUGGUGGGUCUACUGGUCUACCUCUUGAACUGGCUUAAUCCCCCACGAUUACAAAUGGGAUCAAUGACAUCUACUACUCUCUACAACUCCAUGUGGUUUGUGUAUGGAUCUUUUGUACAACAAGGUGGGGAGGUCCCGUACACGACUCUGGCUACCCGAAUGAUGAUGGGUGCUUGGUGGCUAUUUGCUUUGAUUGUUAUCUCAUCUUACACAGCAAACCUCGCUGCUUUCCUCACUAUUACACGCAUUGAAAGUUCCAUCCAGUCUCUCCAGGACCUUUCCAAGCAAACAGAAAUCCCUUAUGGCACAGUCCUAGACUCUGCAGUAUAUGAGCAUGUCCGCAUGAAAGGACUGAAUCCUUUUGAGAGGGACAGCAUGUAUUCCCAAAUGUGGCGGAUGAUCAACCGAAGCAAUGGAUCGGAGAACAAUGUUCUGGAGUCCCAAGCAGGCAUUCAAAAGGUAAAAUAUGGAAAUUAUGCUUUCGUAUGGGAUGCAGCUGUAUUGGAAUAUGUGGCUAUCAAUGACCCAGAUUGUUCCUUUUACACCAUUGGAAAUACUGUUGCUGAUCGGGGAUAUGGAAUCGCAUUACAACAUGGCAGUCCUUACCGAGAUGUUUUUUCACAAAGGAUUCUGGAGCUUCAGCAGAAUGGUGACAUGGACAUCCUGAAGCACAAAUGGUGGCCUAAGAAUGGCCAGUGUGACCUGUACUCCUCAGUGGACACAAAGCAGAAAGGAGGCGCCCUGGACAUAAAGAGUUUUGCAGGGGUCUUUUGUAUCCUGGCUGCUGGAAUCGUCCUCUCCUGCUUCAUAGCCAUGCUGGAGACGUGGUGGAACAAGAGGAAAGGCUCCCGGGUUCCAUCAAAAGAGGAUGACAAGGAAAUUGACCUGGAGCACCUCCAUAGACGUGUAAAUAGCUUGUGCACAGAUGACGACAGCCCCCAUAAACAGUUUUCCACCUCGUCAAUUGAUUUGACCCCUCUGGACAUUGACACUUUGCCAACACGACAAGCACUGGAGCAAAUCAGUGAUUUCAGGAACACUCAUAUUACCACAACAACCUUUAUCCCAGAGCAGAUCCAGACUCUUAGCCGCACACUGUCAGCUAAAGCUGCUUCUGGUUUCACUUUUGGCAACGUGCCUGAGCACCGAACUGGCCCUUUUAGGCACAGGGCACCUAAUGGGGGCUUUUUCAGGAGUCCUAUAAAAACAAUGUCAUCUAUUCCUUAUCAACCAACUCCUACCCUGGGGCUCAAUCUGGGUAAUGAUCCAGACCGAGGCACCUCCAUAUGAGCAUCAAACAAAUCUCUUCACUGUUUCCUUUUUAGGACUCCCUUUGCAAGGAGCAACUGUAAUAUUGUGGGACUAACAUGGAUGUAACGUUAAAGAAAAAGAUCAGGAUUAUUAGUAACAAUUCUAGUUUUUUCCUCUCACCUUCUCCCUCUCCUCUCUCCUCUAUUAUUUUCUCUCUUUCCCCCUCCCUUCCUGUACAUUUUCCUCCACUUUUUUUCAUUACUCAACUUGUUCCCCAAGAAGGUAGUGUACUAGGAUCCUAUUAGUCUGCUCUUCAUAUACUGUACAUCAAGUAUAGGAAAUGUGCACUGAGUAUACUAAAAGUAUAUGCAGGAUUAAUUUUACAUAAAGGCCUCUUCUGUAACAUUUCUCUAUUUUUUGAAAUACAAUUGCAAUAACUUCAGUCUUUUUACAUUCUUCUGCUGCAUCCAUAACAAUGCUCCACUGCUGUUGAGUGUCCUUUAACUGUGGACCAAAGGCAACCCCUGCAGUGUUUAUAAAACAAUUUUAAGACCAUUCAGGCCACAUAAGAUGAGAAUGCAAUUUUGUAGGAUUACAAAAAAGCCAUUAAUAUGCCAGUCAAGACUACAGUUAAAACUACUCUUGCACUGCAACAGUGCAUAUGACCUUUAUGUGAUUGUACAGUAUUAAAAGUUUUUUCUUAUGUACAGUAAACUUUAUCAUAUGGCAGAAGCCUCUAUUGUGUUAAAUAAAUUAGUAUUUCAUAUAUAUACAUAUAUAUGCACCUAUAUAAUGUGUAUAUAUAUAAAAAGGCAGCCAUUGCUAUUGCAAUUCAUUUAAUAAAGCUUUAGUUUAAACAAAAGUAUUGUAUACAGGAACUAUGUAUAGUGCAGGGGUUCUUUUCAGUUAGAAAAGGCAGGUUGCUUUAAUGUUAUUCUGACUCGCAUUGUUUGCCAACAGAAAAUAUUUUAUACUUUUGUUAUUAAAGCAUCCAGGGCAAUUUAAUAUUUGUUCCUAGAUGUAACUCAUUUGAAUAGGUUUUGCAUUUGUUAUUCAGCAGUGUAUAAAGCUAACCUCGAUAAUUUUACUUUUAAUUAAUUAUCUAAAUGAAAAAUGCUAUUAGCUGAACCACAUCCACAACAGCACAUAGAGCUCUAGAAGAGUUGAAACAUAGAUCAUUGAAGGUUAAAAAUCCUCUUCCAAAGCAGCAAGUCAAUCAAUACAAUAAUGAUAUUUGGGGAGGGGUGGGAGCCCUUAAGAACUAUUGAUGUGGCCUUAAAUUACUAUCAUUUGUUAUCCUAAAGAAGAAAACAUAAUAACCAUAAUGGGCUCUCAACUCAACCCCCUUUUUUAUUUAGUUCUAUUUGGAGGAGUUAUGUAUUUUUUACAUUAGUGCCAAGUAUAUAGAAGGAUGACAGCAAAAACAGUGCCUCUUCGUGCACAACCCUUUUAAAGUAGCAUUCUUACUUGUUAGAAAUGUAGAAUGAACUUUGUUUGUAAUCCUUAAAUUAAAAUGUGGUAAGUAGGAGGCAAGAACUUAUUCUGUGUUUUUACGCAGCCAUACACUUACUUUAAUCUAACUCAUUCUGUGGCUAGGAUUGAUAUAGGAAUCAACCUAUGUGAUUUGCUUUAGGAGAAAUUAAAAGGUAUAUUCUUAAGAUAUAUUAUAUUUUGAUGCUAAUUCUGUUCUGGGGAGCAUCUUGUAUUGUCACUGUUUUGUACUAAAUCUUCAAAUAUUGUCUACUGUGUAAGGCAGAAAAAUUUCUUAUCAUGCAAAAACCAUUUUGUUUCCAGGGUAACAAGUAACUAAGUGCAUGCACAACUUGUUUUCCCUUGUAACAUUCAUGAUCUCAUUUACAACUCUGAUUUUAAAACAAAAAAAUCUUUACAACAAGCUAUAUAGGGACAUACCAGAUGUUGCAGUGAUUUUAGCUAUCAACAAACUGUUAACCAUGUACAAUAUUUAAAAUAGGCUUAUUUUGAUGUAUCGCCUAUUAUACAAACACACAAAACAUUUUUGGAGGCCUCAGUUAUGAGUGACAGAGCUUUCUGUGUAUAAUUUGUCUAAAUAAUUUGUCUAAUAAAAAUGUUUUCUAAACUUG